UUUGUGAUUUGUGAUUUGUGAUUUACAAACUCACCUCCGGCUCGGGCUUUACCCGGAUUUGGGGUCUGCUUUCUUCACCAACUUCCUUCUUUCGGAUCAGACAAAGUAGAUUACAAUGGAAUUAGCAGAUAAAGCUGUUGGGAUGCUUUUAACUGUAACCAGCUUGUCCAUUUUCACAUAUUAUACCUUCUGGGUCAUUAUCCUGCCUUUUGUCGACAGUGACCAUUUUGUGCACAAGUACUUUCUCUCGCAAGAAUAUGCCAUUCUCAUUCCUGUAUUUGCUGGUGUAGCACUUGUCAGCUUCUUGAGUAUGUUUAUUGGAUAUGUGAUGCUCGAAUCCAAGAAGAAGAAGAAGGCAUGAUACAAUUUCAGCCUGACACACUCUAUGGCUUUUACAGUAGUUGAAAUAUGUGUUCCCAUUUCUAAUCAAUUUUGCUAAAAUGUGUACAUUCCGUAGCUCUCUACGUGCUUUUAUUGUGAUCAGUUUUUGGUAUAUAAACCCCAUCCAUUCUAAACAAGCUUUCUGUUUAAUGCCUUACAUAGUUGACCUGAACAUUGCAUUUCUGGGGGGAGUUAAGUUGGUGAAUACAGUGGAUACUCUAACCAUAAAGGAAGGUUUGAGGUAGAGUAUUAUUGACAAGGAUCAUGCUGUAUGGACCAAAACUUUUCAUCAAAUUACUAUUUGAUGUGGUAAUAAUAGUAUCUUUUUGUAACACAAUUUGGGUCAGCCAAUUUAUGGCAAUCAAUGAAUAAAAAGAGUUUUAUCACCA